GCUGCUGAAGCCCUGCUUCCUAUGAAAUCUCCCACUUACUUGAGGGAUUCAAGAAGUCCUGAAUUUAUCCAUGUUGCUAUGAGGCCAGAUGUCAUUACAGAAACUGUAGUGGAGGUGUCAACUGAGGGGUCUGAACCCAUGAAUACCUCUCCUAUUCCUACAUCAUCAGAUAGCCAUGAACCAAUGAAAAGGAAAAAAAUUGGCUGUAAACCAAAGACCCAACAAUCACCAAUUUCCAGUGGGUCUCCUGAGUUAGGUAUAAAAAAAAAAAAGAGAAAAGGAAAAGGAAACAUAAUAUAUUUGUGGGAGUUUCUUUUAGAUCUACUUAAAGAUAAAAAUAUUUGUCUCCAGUAUAUUAAAUGGAUUCAGAGAGAAAAAGGCAUAUUCAGGCUGGUGGAUUCAAAGGCUGUCUCCAAGCUUUGGGGAAAGCAUAAGAACAAACCAAACAUGAACUAUGAAACUAUGGAAUGAGCUUUGAGAUUCUAUUACCAAAGGGGAAUUUUGCAAAGCUACCAAAAGGGAAGUCUCGCAAAGGUUGAAGGACAGAGGCAUGUGUAUCAGUUUAAGGAUAUGCCCAAAAACAUAGUGGUCAGAGAUGAUGACAGAAGUGAACUCUGUAAUGAAAAUUUAGCAGGAGCUACUGAUAAAAAAUCAUUGGAACGAGUGUCACUGUCGGCAGAAAGUCUCCUGAAAGCAGCAUCCUCUGUUUGUGGUAGAAAAAAUUCAACCCCCAUAAACUUCUCCAGAGCAGAGAAGGGUGUAGCUAGAGUUGUGAAUAUCACUUCCCCCCGUCACGAUGCUUCAUGCAGGUUUCCAACUACCACUGCAUCUGUAUCAGCAACAGCAGCUCCAAGGACAGUUUGUGUGGCAAUGCAAGUACCUGUUGUAAUGACAUCAUUAGGUCAGAACAUUUCAACUGUGGCAGUUCAGUCAGUUAAUGCAGGUGCACCAUUAAUAACCAGCACUAAUCCAACAACAGCGACCUCUCCAAAGGUAGUCAUUCAGAUAAUCCCUACUAUGAUGACAGUUUCUACUGAAAACCAAGAAAAAAUCACCAUGCAGCCUGUCAAAAUUAUUACUCUCCCAGCUACACAGCUUGCACAGUGUCAACUGCAGACAAAGUCAAAUUUAACUGGAUCAGGAAGCAUUAACAUUGUUGGAACACCAUUGGCUGUGAGAGCACUUACCCUUUUUGUUUCAAUAGCCCAUGGUACACCUGUGAUGAGACUCUCAGUACCUACUCAGCAGGCAUCUGGCCAGACUCCUCCUCGAGUUAUCAGUGUGGUCAUAAAGGGGCCAGAGGUUAAAUCAGAAGCAGUGGCAAGAAUGCAAGAACAUGAUGUGAAAACUUUGCAGCUGAAAGAAGAAAAGCUGGCAGAUGCAAAUAAGACAGUUACCCACGUAGUGGUUGUCAGUGUAGCUUCAGCUAUUGCCCCUUCCUGUAACUAUGAAAAUGAUGGACUAGUUCUGCGUGAGUCAGGGCUAUUAGAUGAAGAGUCCUCAAUGCAUAUCCUGAGCAUGGAUGAGAAAAAGCCAGUUAGUGACAACAACAACAAAAACAAAAAGUUUCAAAUGACUAUUCCCAUGGUCCGCGCCCUACGGCGGGGGUGCUGCCGCGCGCUUCGGCGCGUCCUGGUUCUGUCACUAGCCCCACUGGGACCUCACAAGCGCUCAGCUGCCCAGCCCCUGCCGGGCCGUCGCCCACAAGCUCCCAUAGCCCGUGAGUCCUCUCAGCCGGGCGCGGUUCACCCUGCGGCGCCCACGUCUACCCCGGGCCCUUUCCGAUUCCUCUUUAACCCUCAGCAGAGUCGUGGGCCUUCUCCAGUCAGCUUCUACAGCGCGCCUAGGAGACCGUGUCGUCUCCCAUCAGACACGGGCGCCUCCCUGAGGGUCCUGCCUGCUGUGGGCUGCGGGCUCCCCUCAAGGAAGAAACCCGUGCUGUCUGCUGGCAACUCCAUGAUGUUGGGACACCCCAGCUCGGUGAGGAUCCCUCCUCCCAGCAGCAAGUUCACUCUCCAACUGCCUUCACCAUGUGAGCUGGCUGGGGCUAGGAAGCUGCUUCCGAUUCCAGCCAGGCCACCGAAUAAGACCAAGGUGAGGACCCAAGAAAAGCCCAGAGCAGUGAUAGAGGAGGAGAGUCAGGUAGAGACCCAGGAGCAGGAGGACAAGAAAAGCCCCCUCUCUCCGCAAGACAUCUGCAUCCAGGGCCCUGGAGACCCAGAGAGACCUCAGUUCCUUCAGAAGCCUGACCCAUCUCCAACAGUGCUCCUUGAUCCCGCCCGGGGCUGUUUCCUGCUGCCAGAGAAGGUGGCCCAGGAAGUGCAGGAUAAAGACCACCUGCUCAGCUCCCCAGGCUUGCUGAUGUUGGGGAAGAGCCUUCAGCUCUUGCAUCAAGGAAAUCUUUUCCACCCAGAGCUGCCAGCCACAGGUCCCGCAAAAGAAAAUUGUCAGUUACAACUUCUGCCGCUGGCCUCUGCCUUGCAAUUAAUUGGUAUGGGAUAG